AUGAUUGCGUGUGCGAUUCGGAAUUCUCUAGUCCCGUUGGUGUCAAAGGGGUACUGGAGAUCGGUUUGGAAUCGAAUAUUUGGGGAGAAGGUCGACAAUGACGAAUUUGUCGCUCCGCUGCUCAUAUCCGCUGGGCAGGCGAUGCCUGUUAUCGGUCACGUGAGUGUUGAGUCAUGUAUCGGUCACGUGGAUAAAAGCGGAGAAGCGAGGCAGUUCCGGCGGAGAGAGCCACUUUCGAUCAACAUCAACAGCAGCAACAGCAACAGCAACACAGUUCAUCUGCGCUGA